AUGGAGGAGGACGGGGAGAGCCAGGCCUCGCCCGAGUCGGAGAUGUUGAAGGAGGGACACCAAAUGACCGAGGGAACUCAUCCUUCCACCGUCAUCAACAUCCGCAGCGAUACCACUGUGCCCGACCACGUGGUCUGGUCCCUCUUCAACACGCUGUUCUUCAACUGGUGUUGCCUGGGCUUCGUGGCAUAUGCCUACUCGGUGAAGUCGAGAGACAGGAAGAUGGUGGGUGACGUGGUUGGGGCCCAGGCCUACGCAUCCACCGCCAAGUGCCUGAACAUCUGUGCCCUGGUGACCAGCAUCCUCUUCUUCGUGGCGACCAUUGUCAUCGUUGUGCUCAACAUAGCAGCCAUUGCCCAGGCAAUUCCUCAUUAGAGGAGCCUCACCAGGCCUGCUGUGCACACCUGUGCUGGCAGCCCGCCCCUGCCCCUCCCCAGCCUCCUGGGCACUGUCCAGCCUCAUGCAUG